CCAGUGCUCCCGCCGGAUGUGGCGUCACGUUGCCGAGCGGAAACGGCGGGGAAAGAUGGCGGCGCCCGGGGAGCCGGGGGAGGCAGCGUUCGCGCGGCGCAUCGACCCGUCCCGGGAGCCGGGACUCAGCCCCGAGCAGCGCCGCCUCAUGGCGCAGCUGGAGUACGCCCAGCGCCAGCGCGCCCUGCAGCGCCGGCUCCGCAGCCGCAACGUGCUGCUGGCGCUCGGUAUCGGCGCAGUGACAUUUGGCAUCUACGGUUACACCUUCUACUCGGUGUCGCAGGAGCGGUUCCUGGACGAGCUGGAGCAGGAGGCGGAGGCGGCGCGGGCUCGGGCCCGGGCGCGAGCCGAGGGCGCCGCAAGCUGAGCGGGGAGCGCUCGGCUCGGCCCGGCCCGGCCCGUGACUGAGCUGCUGCCGUCACCAGACAGGACGGGCCUCGAGACAGAUACGCCUGAGGGGUUCGGGGUCUGUCCCUUGCUCUGCUUUGGCCAGAAGGCCCCGGGGGCUCCCCGCAGGCAGGGCCCCCCCGCGGGCAGACCCCGCCCCGGGGCCUUUGUCGGGACCGUGCCCAUGGGAAGGCCAGAGACGCCCAGGUCCCACCACUCCCCACAAUAAACCCUCUCACUGGA